CGUCCCGGCCGCCCCUUGAGGCAUGGGGCGGGGUAGGUGAGGACCUCCUCCCUCAUUCCCUCUUGGGCCGAGCCGCCCCUCUCUCCCGCCCCUCCUCCUCCUUUUCCCACCCCUCGGAGUGGAGCUGCACAUGCGGCUGCUCCCUGUUCUGUCCCGCCCAGCCACCGUCGCUCAGGAACGGGUCCCUGCAGCCCCCAGCCGAUGGCAGGACAGUAGCCGCCUGUCAGGGGUCGUAAAGGGCUGAGGCAGAGGCAGAGGCUCCCGGGCCUCAGAUAGUGGCUGUCUCUGGAGGCCAUGGGCUACCCCGAGGUAGAGCGCAGGGAACCCCUGCCUGCAGCAGCGCCAAGGGAGCGGGGCAGCCAGGGCUGCGGCUGUCGCGGGGCCCCUGCUCGGGCGGGCGAAGGGAACAGCUGCCGGCUCUUCCUGGGUUUCUUUGGCCUCUCGCUGGCCCUCCACCUGCUGACGCUGUGCUGCUACCUAGAGUUGCGAUCCGAAUUGCGGCGGGAACGGGGCACCGAGUCCCGCCUCAGCGGCCCGGGUGCUCCUGGCACCUCUGGCACCCUAAGCAGCCCUGGUAACCUCGACCCUGUGGGUCCCAUCACCCGCCACCUCGGGCAGCCGUCCUUUCAACAGCAGCCUUUGGAACCAGGAGACGAUCCACUCCCCCCUGACUCCCAGGACCGGCACCAGAUGGCCCUCCUGAAUUUCUUCUUUCCUGAUGAAAAGGCAUAUUCUGAAGAGGAAAGUAGGCGUGUCCGUCGCAAUAAAAGAAGCAAAAGUGGUGAAGGAGCAGAUGGUCCUGUUAAAAACAAGAAAAAGGGAAAGAAAGCAGGGCCCCCUGGGCCCAAUGGCCCCCCAGGACCUCCAGGACCUCCAGGACCCCAGGGACCCCCAGGGAUUCCAGGAAUUCCUGGGAUUCCAGGAACAACUGUUAUGGGACCACCUGGCCCUCCUGGCCCUCCUGGUCCUCAAGGACCCCCUGGCCUCCAAGGACCUUCUGGUGCUGCUGAUAAAACUGGAACUCGAGAAAACCAGCCAGCUGUGGUGCAUCUGCAGGGCCAAGGGUCAGCGAUUCAAGUCAAGAAUGAUCUUUCAGGUGGAGUACUCAAUGACUGGUCUCGCAUCACCAUGAACCCCAAGGUGUUUAAGCUACAUCCCCGCAGCGGGGAGCUGGAGGUACUGGUGGACGGCACCUACUUCAUCUAUAGUCAGGUAGAAGUGUACUACAUCAACUUCACGGACUUUGCCAGCUACGAGGUGGUGGUGGAUGAGAAGCCCUUCCUGCAGUGUACCCGCAGCAUUGAGACCGGGAAGACCAACUACAACACCUGCUACACCGCAGGCGUGUGCCUCCUCAAGGCCCGGCAGAAAAUCGCCGUGAAGAUGGUGCACGCCGACAUCUCCAUCAACAUGAGCAAGCACACCACCUUCUUCGGGGCCAUCAGGCUGGGCGAAGCCCCUGCAUCCUAGAUCCUCCCAUUCCAUCCUGGCCCAUGCCCUGGCCCCAGGUCUGGGAGCCAGGACUCCCAGACCUUUCCGUGCUGCUGUGGAGUGAGGUAUAUUGGCAUUGCAGCCACAGAGACAAAUGCCCCAGUGCUAUUUAUUCCCCAGUGACUCCAGGAUGACAAGGCCUACGUGACUGCCCCGAAUGGCCUUGGGUUGCCAGCACGGUUGAUGAAGCCCCAGGGUUUUCGAGAAGCAGAACUCUCUUAGGCGACCUGCUGACUGGCGUAUGGUGACUCCUCAACCCCUAGGUCCCUCAUCAGAUUUACCGUUUGUUGCACUAAACCGAGGAUCCAAGACCGUAGGCCACAAAAAGCAAAGAUGCACUCCAGAUUCUAGGGGUGAUCAUCUGACUCCAAGGGGGCUCGGCUUCUCUCUGGGCUGGGGGUGGCACUAGGUUACAACUUAAGGAGAGGGUCAGGUCAGAAGAAGGCAAGUGCUUGUGGCAGAGACCCAGGCAAUAACCUGCCAAGCAAGCAUCCUUGGCUCUAGAGGAGGCGUUCUUGCUGUAUUGCACUAUGCCCUACAAGAGGCUCAAAAAACUCCUCCCACUCAGGCUAAGAGGUACACUGUGGCAGCCUGCUGGACUCCAGAGCUGGGAACUUUGCUCUGCCUUGGAAUCAUUGCGGGCAUGGCCACAACCCUGCCUACGUAAGAACCCGAAUCUAUACUUGGGCCAUGCAUGUCUCACCUUGUUUACAGCCAUGCUCCACUCUCCGAAAACUACCUGGAGUCUUCCCACCUGUCACCCUCCCCAGACUGACUGGAAAGCUUUCUGUCUUCUUCCUCCACAGUGCCUACCUCUGUCUGAGACAGGUGCCUCAUGUGGGACUCGUGCUCACAUGAGUCUGGUGUAUUCUUUAAAUUACCUGGGCACAAAGAAUUUUCAAUUGAUUCAGAAAUACACUUAUUAUCCAUCUAAUUCUAAGAAAAUUGUGUCUGGGAACAGAUGGUAAAACUGGAUAGCCUCCAAAAGCCCCUUGGAGUUUGGAUAUCAGUGGCUCUCAACAGUCACCUGCCACAGUAGACUUCAGAGUUCCCAAACCCCGGACUCUCUUAAACAUUAGCAAAGCAGGGCUUUUCUGCCUUACCUAGAAAGGGAGAGAAGUAGGAAUUGAAAACAGGGAGUUUUGUCCGUGUUUGCUGCAACCCAAGUGAUCCUUAGGUCAACCCUCAUGAUCGUUAAGUCAACCCAAGUGAUCCUUAGGUCAACCCUCAUGAUCGUUAAGUCAACCCAAGUGAUCCUUAGGUCAACCCGCAUGAUCGUUAAGUCAACCCAAGUGAUCAUUAGGUCAGGUCUUAUCUGAUGCCCACUAACACCGUCUUUCUUUAGAAACAGAUUACUGUCACCGUAGAGGUCUGAACUUCUCUCCGAGAGCCAGACUCAGGGCAAACCAACUGUCUGGCUAUUGGGCAGGGCUCUAACCCCUAGUUCAGAUCCAAAGGCACCUCCACCAAUUUUCCUGCAUGGUCAUAUGAUAGGAUUAUUCACCAACUUUCUUUCCAAUUGCCUGGCUUCAGGGCGCCAGGUGCAGCCCAAAGCAGGGAGGCUCAACCUGGAACAGCCUGCUCCUCUUGCUCCUGAAAUGUGUUUCCUUUUGAAGAGAUGGAGAAUACAUCCCUGAAAUUCAUCAAGAACAACAGGUUUCUCAGCUGCACCUCCAUUUCCAAGUAGCCAUAUUGCUUGGUCCUUCGAGGGUCAGGGAAAGAGGUAAUAGGCCAAGCCUCCUUUGUCUAAUGCUAAUGGCAGCCUUAUACCAGAACUGAGGUAAACUUUAGACAUGCAUCUGAUCCUGAAGGCCUUGAACAAUCAAGCAGCAGUGGUAGCAGGAACCAACAGCCCCUCUCCUUAGUAUUGGAAACUUACUUCCUCUUUUAUUGUUUCCUUUGAAGAAGGCAGGGUAGAGAAUAUCACAGUUACAUCGCAUAGGGAAGGCUGGAGAGUGAAGUAUUUUGACUAAGAUCUCACCCAGCCGAAAUCACAGACCUGAGCCUUUAGUGAGGUCUGACUCCAAAGCUAGUCCCUUACCACAGCACUGUGGAAAGUAUGGAGUCCAGGAGGAACAAAGAAAGGUGGUCGUAUGGAACUGACAUCAUUGGGGGCUCCUAGGGAGAAACCUAGCAAUGCCCAGUGUUCAUUACUGAACAGUGCUGCCCAUUCCCUUGGCUUCCAGGGGCUCUGUGGAAGAAGACUUGGGCAUUUUCCUGGGAAACAGCCCCAGUGAUCAACCCUAAGAGUUCUUGACUUGAGAAGAAUCUUUCAUUCGAGCUCUGGGUCCCACAGCACAGGUAGCCUUCAGGACCUUCCCCCCAUCUGAUAAAAGCAGCAGCCAUCACACGAGGAACUGCCAUGUGAGGCAAGGACUUCCAUUCCUAACCCUAGACACAAAUUCUGGGAGCCAGUCUGCUUCCUGUAGUUAAGUGCGACCCCGUCUCUCCUUCUGCCGUAUUACAAAGACCUUGAUGUUGCUGGAGUCUCUCAAGAAUGGGGGGAAACCCGAGAGGAGCAUUCUAAAGCCUGUGAGGAAAUGAGUUUCCUAAGUGUGCCCCUGCAGGACAUGCCAACCCCAUCGCACUGUGCAUGGAGAUCAUAGGAGAAUUCGGCUCCUCACUACCUUUUAUUCGUUCUAAGCCCUCACAAGGAGCCCUGGAGGGAGAGGGCUGGGGAAAGGAAAUAGUAGAGUGGGGAGGCCUGUUGUGCUGUGGUCAUUGGCAAGGCGGUGAAGCAUUGACUGAGAGCGUAGGGAUAUAGAUUUACAGGUUGGAAUUGUUAUGAUGGGAAGUUACCCCAAGGUUAGCGUAGAGAAUGGGACAUGUUUGACAGGUUUGAAGGAAAACUGCAUGGCAGGAGCCCCUACCAGCUGCUUGAGCUUCAGAAGCCAAGCUGGUACAAAAUGCAGCUGCUGGAUGUUGUUUGGCUACUGGUUCCCUGGAAGAGGUAGCAUUUGCCUUAGCUGCCCCUCUGUCCAUCCCGAGCCAAAUCUCUGUAACUUAGGAAGCAAGAGCUAAGGGCCUAGAGGUCAGCAAGGACUUUGAUCCUCAUGUGAGUGCUUGCGUUCUAUGCAUCUUCUAGUAGAUGCAAACAGAUUUGGAGAAAUUUUGACCUAGAAGGGCUCUUAGAGGGAAUGCAGCCCAAGCUACAUCCCAUCCUGUUACUCAUGUGAAUCUGAUGCUCAGACAGGGAAAGUGGCCUGCCUAGGACAGUGAGCAUGGCCCUCUCUCCAGACUCAGCAGUGGAAAGAACAGAGCAGCCUGUCCCAUGGAACCUCCUCAUUCACACACCCACAGACUCUAGGCUAGAAGUGCUUAUCUCCCUCAGGAGCCUGGCCAGGCAGCCAAUGCAGCUGCAGUCUUCAUCAGAACUCGCCUCCUCACACACACUCCCCCAAGGGGUUUGUGCAGCUCCUGCCUCUGGGCAGUUUUGAGGCCUCCUAGUGUUGCCUGAGGUCCCACCCUUACCUGGGGUCUCCCUAGACCAUGUGCACUACAGAACCUGGUUUGUUUUCUUAAUCCAUUUCAGGGCUCUUUCCAGGAGGGGCUGAGGUGGGUUUCUUUAUUCACAAAGCUUCCGGCUGAGAUGGGGGUGAGGGGAUUUGUUGUGAGAAUGGCCUGGAGCAGGCCAAUGCUGCUUUGGGGGGUCAGCAUCCUGUGUGAGAUACUGUGUAUAUAAACUAUAUAUAAUGUAUAUAAACAGGGAUGUAAGUUUGUGUAAAUUAACGGUUUAUUCUUUGCAAAUAAAGUGCUCCCCUCCCCAUUCAUGAA